AUGACUGGUUAUGACCUCCUAAAGGCUGUCAUGGAACAGAGCUGCCAAAAACCCCUUCCUGUGAUCGUAAUGUCAUCAGAAAACGAGCCACAGAGAAUCAACAGGUGCCGAGCUAUUGGAGCCGAGGAUUUCAUCAUCAAACCUCUCCAAGCUAAUGACGUUCUGAGACUGAGAAGCUACGCUCGAACAGGACCGCCGCCGCCGCCAUCGUCGUCUGCCAAGGCGGGCACCAAGAGGAAAAUGACAAGCGAGUUGAUGGCUGAGAGCGGACGCGGUGGCUCGGAAAGACGACGGCCGCGCCUUACCGGGCCGGCGAUGGCGUGA